UCAUAAAUAGUACAAAAACUUCGACAAAACUCGACUUUGAGAAAAAAGAAAAAAAUAAAAAAAAUAAUCAGGAAGGAGCUUCAACGAAUCCUACCAAUCAUUCAUUCAAAAUUCAACUCUCCAUCUUACAAUUUUUUUUGGAUUAUUUAUUUUAACAUUUACCAAAGUUCAACCGGAGAAAAAAAAUCUAUGAGCUCCGAUCAUCGGAACCCUAAAAAUCGUAGCUGAUGCAAGGGAUAAUAUCAAUACCAUCAUCAUCGGAGCAUUUGAAUCGGGUCAUUCAUGGCCUUUUCAGUAGUUACUCACCUCCUGUAUGGGCAACACUAGUUGCUGGAGUUUUCGUUGUUGUUUCUCUCACACUUUCUAUGUACCUCCUAUUUGAACAUCUCUCUGCUUACAAAAACCCCGAGGAACAAAAGUUUUUGAUUGGUGUGAUUUUGAUGGUGCCUUGUUAUGCAGUUGAAUCAUUUGUGUCAUUGGUACAUCCAGCAGUUAGUGUUCACAUUGGGAUACUGCGGGAUUGCUAUGAAUCCUUUGCUAUGUACUGCUUUGGGAGGUAUCUUAUUGCAUGCUUAGGUGGGGAGGAGAGGGCUAUACUAUUUAUGGAGAGGGAAGGACGUGCAGCUUCAAAGAUGCCACUACUAGAGCAUGGCUCCGAGAAGGGGGUUGUCAAGCAUCUUUUUCCUAUGAACUACUUUUUAAAGCCAUGGAAACUUGGUCAGUGGGUCUACCAAGUUAUCAAAUUUGGAAUUGUCCAAUAUAUGAUCAUAAAAGCACUAACCGCUAUUUCAGCAGUGAUUCUUGAAGCUUUUGAUGUGUAUUGUGAAGGAGACUUCAAGUGGAAUUGUGGGUAUCCAUAUGUGGCAGUGGUUUUAAAUUUCAGUCAAUCAUGGGCGCUGUAUUGCUUAGUACAAUUUUACGCCAUUACAAAGAAUGAAUUAGCUCACAUCAAGCCGCUAUACAAGUUUCUAACGUUCAAGUCAAUUGUCUUCUUAACUUGGUGGCAAGGCGUGGCCAUAGCUCUUCUCUGUAGCCUUGGUUUGUUUCGAAGUCCAAUAGCUGAAGCUUUGCAAUUUAAAUCCAGUAUUCAAGAUUUCAUCAUAUGCAUCGAGAUGGGUGUUGCUUCUGCAGUUCAUCUUUAUGUCUUCCCAGCAAAGCCGUACGAGCUGAUGGGAGAACGCUAUACUGGGGCUGUUGCUGUUCUUGGGGAUUAUGUGUCUGCUGACUUGCCAGUAGAUCCCGAGGAAGUUAGAGACUGUGAGCGUCCGACCAAAUUACGUCUUCCUCAACCUGACAUUGAUGCUAAGAGCGGAAUGACAAUUAGAGAAAGCGUUAAGGAUGUCUUUAUUGGAGGUGGAGAAUAUAUAGUGAAUGAUUUGAAAUUCACGGUAACCCAAGCAGUGGAGCCUGUAGAGAAAGGAAUUCAAAAAUUGCAUAAGAUCUCUCAGAACAUAAAGAAGCAUGAGAAAGAGAAGCGAACAAAGGAUGACAGUUGCAUUGCAACAUCAUCUCCAGCACGGAGAGUCAUACGUGGGAUAGAUGAUCCCCUUUUACACGGAAGCAUUAGUGACAGUGGAACUUCAAGGAAAAAGAAGCACCGCUCCCGGAAAUCUGGAUAUACCAGUGCAGAAAGUGGUGGAGAAAGUAGCAGCGAUCAGAGCUUUGGUGGUAUCCAAGUUCGUGGCCGAAGAUGGGUUACUAAGGAUUAGUCAGAAAAACAAGAGCAGAUAAUAAUUGCUUUGAAGACUUGCAACACACACCACUGCCUUCAAAAAUCUGGAGUUGUUUAGCUCUCUACUACAUCCAUUCUUCUGCUCUGAGGAAGUUGUAGUAUUUAAUUCAGCAAAGUUCAUCUGGGCUUUUUUCUCUCCAGAGUUAAAGUGCUACAUUAUGAAAGCACUUGCAGGUUCAUUCUCUCUUGUCAUUGUUGUUGCACAUAAUGGUCUUCAAAUGUUGUAUAUAUGUAUCCUCAUUAGUAUAUGGUCCCUCAUUGUAUUGGGAUCAGUUUGCCUCGUAUAGAAGGUUAUGCAUUUAGUUUUGGAUCUUCGGCAAAUGUAUCUCCUUAAUGAAAUUAACUCGAUCACAGCCAUUAAUCUAUCAGAUGGUGUUUUUCUCCUGCA